CACCAUAGGAGAUUUAUGCAAGUAAAAACAAGAAACCCUAGUUGUUGAAGCAUGCAGCUUAGUUAUAUCUGGAUUCUGGACUAUAAGAAUGAUGAAAGGAAGUUGGGCUCAUUCAUUUCUUCACAAUCUAAAUGCAGAUUGACAAUGACCCAGAGGCCGAUCUGACUGGUAGAUUGCCGGUGGAUAUUCUUUCUUCUAUAAUAUCAUUAAACUCAUUGAGGGAGGCUGCCACUACUAGUAUCCUUUCAAAAAGAUGGAGAUACAUUUGGAGGACCUCUUCUAAUCUUGACCUAGAUGCCAAAAACAUGCUUGGACAUUUUUUAUACUCGGACCAUUUCAAAAGGCAGCCUACUCUGUGGAAACAGAAGCAAAAGGGAAGAUUUGUUAGAUGGGCCAAUCAUAUUCUAGAACUCUAUGUCGGCAAAAACGUAGAUUCCUUCAAGGUUGAGUAUCCGUUGGGUAGUGAUCAUGGUUGCGACGUUGAUCGAUGGAUUCAAUUUGCAAUUGAUAUGCAAGUUCAAAAGCUUGACAUCAACCUGUUUGACGAUCAUUUGUCAGACUUGUAUCAUGAGCUCUAUAAAUUUCCAUAUUGGCUAUUUGCUCUAGCAGGGAAACGGCCAAAGAUAAAACAUUUGUCUUUGAAUUUUUGCAGCCUGAGUAUUCCAGAAAAUUACAAUGGCUUGAACUCCCUUUCAUCCCUCGCAUUGAAAAAGACAAGUUUAAAUCACGAGGAUGUGGAUAACAUUUUGUCUAGUUGCCCAUCUUUAGAAUGGUUUAGUAUAAGCGAAUGCCGUUGUCCAUUUCGUUUAAAAUUUUCUAGUGGAUGUCGGUUUCUCAGGCUGAGGCACUUGAGGAUAUUUCGUUGCGAGCCUUUAGAAAGAGUUGAAAUUCAUGAUGCCAUAGGUAUUGCAUCAAUUGAGUAUGACGCAAAGAUGUUUGGGCAGGUCUUGUUAAAGAACAUUGCAGAACCUGUUAGACUAUGUGUGACUUUGCAGUCUAAUCGUAGAACUUUGCAGUCUGAUCGUAGAACUUUGCAGCCUGAUCCUAGAACUCAAAUAACAUAUGUCCUUAGCACACUUGCAAAAGACUUUCCUCUAGUUGAAACUUUAUUAGUGUCCACUCCAUUUGUCCAGGUUGAUUUAAUACCUAAGCCCUUAACCACAUUUACUAGACUCAAGCAAUUGAAGCUAUUAGGUGUAAGAUUUAGAAAAAGGAGAACAAUAAGGUAG